ACCCACUAACCAUUCUUUUCCCUUGCUGUCAUUCUUAUAUUUGGAUCGAUCAUUAUUGAUUGAAAUUGUCGAUCUUGUGGAACAGCUAGGGAUAUGGCAACAAUGUCUAUUGCUGCUGUUGAAGUGAUCUCGAAGGAAACCAUUAAACCCACAACUCCAACCCCAUAUCAAAGUAGAAACUUCAGUCUGUCACUUCUCGAUCAAUAUUUUCCUCCGGUUUAUGUACCAAUCAUACUUUUCUAUCCCGCCGUUGCUAACAGUACUGGGAGUAAGCACCAUGAUGAUCUUGACUUGCUUAAGAGGUCUCUUUCUGAAACGCUAGUUCACUUUUAUCCAAUGGCUGGCAGGACGGAAGACAACAUGGUUGUCGACGGUAAUGACGAAGGGAUUGACUUUAUCGAAGUGAAAAUCAAAGGUAAAAUGUGUGACUUCAUGAAACCAGAUGUAACCUUAAAUCUGCUUCUUCCAUCUGAAGUCGUUUCCACGAAAUUUGUUAAGGAUGCACAGGUGAUUGUUCAAGUGAACAUGUUUGAUUGCGGUGGAACUGCCAUUUGUUUGUGUAUAUCACACAAAAUCGCAGAUUUAUGCACUAUGAGUACAUUCAUUCGUAAUUGGGCAGGCACCACAAACACCGCUCGUAAUGGUGGCGCAACCACAAAUCAGAAUUUGCUUCCUUCUUUCGACUCCGCGUCUCUCUUCCCACCUAGUGAACAGUUGGUAUCUCAAGUAGGUGUGCCACCCACUUCCGCUUCCUAUCCCACAGAGGAUAGCACGGGAGAUAAAGUUGUCAGCAAAAGAUUUGUGUUCGAUGCUGUAAAGAUAACAUCUGUACGUGAAAAGCUACAAGUAUUAAUGCAUGAUAAAUACAAAUGCCGCAGGCCAACAAAGGUUGAGGUUGUUACCGCUUUGAUAUGGAAGGCAGCGAUAAUAUCCACUCCGGCUGGUUCUUUGUCAGCAGUACACCAUGCCGUGAACUACAGAAAAAGAAUGGACCCGCCGUUACUUGAUGUGUCAUUUGGGAAUCUCUGUGGGCUCGCUACAGUGGUAUUACCAGCAACGACGGCGACAAAAAAUACGGUCCUCAAGACAAGUAGUAGUAUUAGUAGUGAGAUUGAGGUGCAAGACGUACUUGACGAUCAGUUAAUUGAACUUGUAGCUCAGUUGAGAGGAGAAAUAAAUAAGGUAAAGGGCGAUAAUUGUUGCAUGGAGAAAAUGUUUCUAAGUUGUGUUAGUGCUUAUGAUGAUUUCCUAGCCAAAAAUAGUGACGUUGAAGUUAAAACUUUACCCUUGUUGAUAACAAGCUGGUGCAAGUUCGGAUUAUAUGAUGCUGAUUUUGGUUGGGGAAAGCCAAUUUGGGUAACUACUAAUCCCUUUAUUGAGCCAAGCAAGAACAUAAUUUUCAUGAAUGAUACGAAAUGUGGUGAAGGAAUAGAAAUGUGGGCGAACUUUCUUGAGGAUGAUAUGGUUAACUUCGAACUUAACCUAAGUGAAAUACUUGAAUUGUUUUGAUUUUGCAUAUCUAUUUGUGGUGAUCAUCUUAAUUUUUACACUUUGGUCACUGGUUUUGUAAAAACUGAAAUACUAAGAGCUUCCGGCAUGACAAAGUGCACUAUUAUUAACCAUCUUAAAAUGGUAGAUAUCAUAACAACCCAAAAUCCAAAAUGAUA